AUGGCAGCCGGCCGGACGGAGGCGCAGGACCACCCGCCCGAGAACGGCUUCACCCCGCUGGAGCACCCAGUACCCCGGCUUCUACCUCACAUCGACGGCUCGGUUCUGCCGUCUCUGGGGGGUUUCGGGAAACAUCAGAAGCAGCUCGUGGUCCUGACCUGGAUACCGGCAUUGUUCAUCGGCUUUAGUCAGUUUUCGGAUUAUUUCCUCUUGGCGCAACCCAAUGGCACGUGCGUACAGCCAUUGGCGAAUGAUAGUAACUGGACCGUGGGAUCCCCGCCGGUGACCGUCACCGGUGGGGGUCACGCACUCCAAGGCAAAGGCAAUGGCACCGGGGAGGGAUACGGCGACGGCAGCGGUUUUAUGCUGUGCGCCUGCAAGGAGUGGAGGCUGGAGCUGCAGACGGGACUUAGUCAGAAUGUGGUUACCAAGUGGAACCUGGUGUGUGACUCGGCCUGGAAAGUUCACAUUGCCAAGUUCUCUUUGCUGGUGGGCUCCAUAUUUGGCUACCUAGUGAUGGGUGUCAUGGCUGACUGGUUUGGUCGACACCCGGUGUUGAUUCUCUCGGUGUUGUUCAUGCUGGUGUUUGGUCUGAGUGUUGCCUUCUCUGUAAACGUCACCAUGUUCAGCACCUUGCGCUUCUUUGAGGGUUUCUGCUUGGCGGGCCUCGCUCUCUCCCUCUAUGUGCUCAGGAUCGAGCUUUGUUUGCCAGGCUGGCGUUUCUCCAUGACCAUGGUGGCCAGCUUUUUGAUGGUGGGCGGGCAGCUACUGAUGCCAGGGGUGGCCGCACUGUGCCGCAGUUGGCCGGACCGGGAUGACUGGCAGGUCCUGCAGAUUGUCAUAAUCAGCCCCUUCGUUCUGAUGCUGCCCUACGUUUGGAUUUUUCCCGAGUCGUUGCGCUGGUUGCUGGCCACCCAGCACUACAGGCGGUCCAAAGCCAUGAUGCUGCACAUAGCCAAAAAGAACCAGGUUGACAUGACAACCGAGCCCAGUGGAGUUCUUGCAGAGCUGGAGCAGGAGCUGCACAAGAAGCCCCAGAGGACGUGUAUUGUCAAGAUGAUGAGCACCAGGAACCUGUGGAAAAACAUUGUGGUGCUGUGUGUCAACUCGCUGACAGGUUAUGGGAUCCACCACUGCUUCGCCCGCAGUAUGAUGGACCCCGAGGCCCAGCCCACCGCUUUGUGCCACGCUGACUAUUACACUAUGGCUGGGAUCGCCGUGGCAACCUGCUUAGCUCUUUGCCCCAUGGUGGGGUUGAUGGGUCGGCGCGGAGGGCUGCUCACCUUCAUGAUCAUAACGGCCCUGGCGUCUCUGCUACAGCUGGGUUUGCUCAACUUAAUUGGGAAGUACAGCCUUCGCCAUGACAUAGUUCUGCGAGACUCUCUGAACAGGAAGUUCUCGGUGGCCUUCUCCAUCAUCGGCAUGUUCUCGUCUCACGCAGUCAGCACCCUCAGCAUAUUCUUCUGUGCUGAAAUCACUCCGACGGUCAUCAGGGGUGGAGGUCUGGGUCUGGUCCUGGCGAGUGCCGGCUUCGGUAUGCUCACUGCACCAAUCAUGGAGCUCCACAACCAGAAGGGCUACUUCUUGCAUCAUGUGAUCUUCGCCUGCUGCACCCUGCUGUGCAUCAUCUGCCUGCUGCUGCUGCCUGAGCCCCGGGGCCAGCCGCUGCCGGAGAGCCUGGCUGACGGAGAGACCUUCACCCGUCAGACCCUGCUCCAUCCUGGAGAGCAGCAUCUUCUUCUUGCCAAGACUGACAGGGACUACUCUCGUGUCCACGACACACCACUACACCUCUCAGCCACCGGGGGAGCAACAGUGGCAGCAGCCACCGCUCUGGCAGCGGUACCUGCCUCAUACUCCCUGGCGACUGGUGGGGAGGUGAUUGGCAACUGUGCCAUAGCCAAUGGAGUAUGA